GCUCAGUCUGGACUCUGCCCUGACAAUGAAGGAGUUACACAGUUGGAAUGAACUGAUCUCACUUUUCCAUCCAGAGUGAACGGAUGGACAUGGACGCCACACUUUUCAGAUUUUAUUUCUCAAGAUCCCUAUAGGAGAAAGUGGACCUUCAUGGACGCACCUGUUACAGCUUGUAGGAAGGAGACGGAGAGGCUGAGGGCCUCUGCGUGGAGACGGACAGGAAGCAAGUGAACACGGCCUGUCAGCGAGCUCUUCCUGUGACAGUGGCCUUGCCAGCAUGGCCCCCAAAAGGAAGUGUGUCAAAAAGCCCAAAGCAGACGUCAAGGAGACGACCAUCAUCGUGGAAGAGAGCCCCCUGAGCAAGCUGCACGCUCUGAACGGGCUCCUGGAAGGGGGCAGCGGCCUGAGCUGCAUUUCUUCUGAGUUGAUGGAUGCAUCGCACGGACCCAACCUCUUGGAAGGGUUAAGUAAGAUGCGACAGGAGAACUUCCUCUGUGACCUAGUCAUCGGCACCAAAACCAAAUCCUUUGACGUUCACAAGUCCGUGAUGGCGUCGUGCAGCGAGUACUUCUACAAUGUCCUCAAAAAAGAUCCGUCGGCUCCAAGAGUGGACCUCAACGACAUCUCGCCGCUCGGGCUGGCCACCGUCAUCGCCUAUGCCUACACGGGCAAGCUGACCCUCUCGCUGUACACCAUCGGAAGCGUUGUGUCCGCGGCGGUCCACCUUCAGAUCCACACUCUGGUGAAGAUGUGCAGCGAUUUCCUCAUGCGGGAGAUGAGUGUGGAGAACUGUAUGUAUGUGGCCAACAUUGCCGAAACAUACUCCCUGAAAACAGCCAAAGCUGCCGCCCAGAAAUUCCUACGGGAUAACUUCAUCGAAUUCGCCGAGUCCGAUCAAUUCAUGAAACUGACCUUUGAACAGAUCAAUGAACUCCUUAUCGAUGAUGACUUACAGUUGCCUUCUGAGAUAGUAGCAUUCCAGAUUGCAAUGAAAUGGUUAGAAUCUGACCAAAAGAGAAUGAAACACGCAGCAGAUCUUCUGAGCAAUAUCCGCUUCGGCACCAUCUCUGCCCAAGACCUGGUCAAUCAUGUUCAGUCUGUGCCCAGAAUGAUGGAAGAUGCCGACUGCCACAAACUUCUGGUAGACGCGAUGAACUACCACCUGCUCCCCUACCACCAGAACACACUGCAGUCGAGGCGGACACGAAUCCGAGGCGGCUGCCGAGUCCUGGUAACUGUCGGGGGACGCCCGGACCUUACUGAGAAGUCCCCCAGCAGAGACGUUCUGUAUAGAGACCCUGAAAAUGGAUGGUGCAAGCUGACGGAAAUGCCAGCCAAGAGCUUCAAUCAGUGUGUGGCUGUGAUGGAUGGAUUUCUUUAUGUAGCCGGUGGCGAAGACCAGAACGAUGCGAGAAAUCAAGCCAAGCACGCAGUCAGCACUUUCUGCAGGUACGACCCGCGGCUCAACUCGUGGCUGCACCUGAGCCCCAUGGCGCAGCGGCGCACGCACUUCAGCCUGAGCGCGCUGGACGGGCUGCUGUACGCGGCGGGCGGCCGCAACGCGCAGGGCGGCCUGGCCUCGCUCGAGUGCUACGAGCCGGCCUCCAACCAGUGGCGGCCGCGCGCGCCCAUGGCGGCGCCGCGCUGCUGCCACGCCAGCGCCGCGGCCGCGGGCCGCCUGCUGGUCACCGGCGGCUACGUGGACGGCGCCUACUCGGGCUCCGUGUGCGCCUACGACCCCGCGGCCGACGCCUGGCAGGAGCUGCCCGCGCUGGGCGCGCCGCGGGGCUGGCACUGCGCGCUGGCGCUGGGCGGCCGCGUGCUGGUGCUGGGCGGCAGCCGGCUGGGCGCGCGCGGCGAGCGCGUGGACGUGCUGGCCGUGGAGAGCUACGACCCCGCCGCGCGGCGCUGGAGCGCGGCCGCGCCGCUGCCCGCGGGCGCCAGCACGGCGGGCGCCGCCGCGCUGCACGGCCGCGCCUUCCUGCUGGGCGGCUGGAACGAGGGCGAGCGGCGCUACCAGCGGAGCGUGCGCAGCUUCAGCCCCGAGCUCGACCGCUGGGCGGAGGAGGACGAGCUGCCCGACGCCGUGGUGGGGCUGUCCGCCUGCUGCCUGGCCCUGCCCGGCCGCGCCCCGCGCGAGUCCCGGGCCAGCUCGGUGUCCUCCGUGCCGGUCAGCAUCUGAGCGCGGGCGCCGCG